AUGUACUCCCGUGUCUUUGCCCGUGCCCUCGCUUUUACUGCAAGAAGAGCAGCACCAAAAAACAUUAAACCACCAAUUGAGUUGUUUGGAACCGAUGGUGUCUACGCCAACUCCUUGUACUCGGCAACUGUGCAAGAGUCGGACAUGGCUCAGACUUACAAUUCGUUGAAGAAAGUCGAAGGAGUCAUCAAGGGAGACCCCAAGUUGGAAGAGGCUUUGACCAACCCCGGUUUGUCCAAGGACGACCGAGUCGCUAUAAUCAAGUCGGUCAACAAUAGCUUAGCAUUGGACAAGACCACGGCCAACUUUCUCUUGGUGUUGGCUGAAAACAACAGGUUGGGCGACUUCCCCUCGAUUUUCAAGAAAUUCGGUAUGUUGAACGAUGCCCACAAUGGAAUCGUCAACGCUACCGUCACCAGUGCUAAGCCUUUGGAGUCGAAGAUAUUAAAGAAAUUGCAAGCUUCCAUUGGCAACAGCAGCUUUGUCGGCGAGGGCAAGACCUUGAAAUUGAACAAUGAAGUCAACCCUGAUAUCAAAGGUGGUUUGGUUGUUGAAGUUGGCGACAGAACCGUUGAUGUUUCCAUCGCUAGUAAAGUCAACAAGUUGAACCAAACUUUGAAAGAAAACAUCUAA